AAGGGAGUUUGUCGAUGGUUAUGCCCGCUCAAGUCGUCAACUCUUCACCACACCAGUAGCCUGCGGACGAGUCUCCUCAGGCGGCGGGCGCGGAAUCAGCGCGCUCGCUCCUCCUUUCCGUUCACUCUGCUUCUUCGCUCCUCUCGAGGCCCCUGAGGCCACUUCUCGGGUGCUGAACGCCGGAGCCACGGAGCAGCGGAGAGAAGCUUCCCGGAGAAGUGGGCAGUUGCACCUCUUUCGGGUCACACUGCACUCGGGCACUCGCUUCAGUGCAAGGAGCCCCCCUCUCCCCUCCCCUCGCUAAGGGAAAAAAACUGUCUGGUUAGAACUCCAAAGAGGGGAGGAACCCUUCAGUCUCCUGCAGUCCUAGAGCGAGCAGGGGCGGCCGCAGCCAUUUCCAGCAGCUCUGCCCCUUCUUACUCAACCCCGGAUCUCGUUAAAUGUUUGUAAACAAUGAACGCCGGGAAGGACUUUCGUCUCUGUGUGGAGGUGGUCAAAGAUCGUCUUUAUUUUGCCGUUCUCUUCCAUAAACCAAAGAGUGGUAGCUCAAGCACACAUUAUUUCUGCAUAGAUGAUGAAUUUAUAUAUGAGAACUUCUAUGCAGAUUUUGGGCCACUCAAUCUGGCAAUGAUUUACAGAUACUGUUGCAAGCUAAAUAAAAAAUUAAAGUCCUUUACCAUGUUAAGGAAGAAGAUUGUUCAUUAUAGUGGUUUUGAUCAGAAAAAGCAAGUCAAUGCAGCCUUCCUCAUAGGCUGUUACACAAUAAUAUAUAUGAGAGAAUCUCCGGAAACUGUAUACAGGCAUUUAUUGUCUGAAAAUGUAUCAUAUCUUCCUUUCAGGGAUGCUGCAUUUGGUACCUGCAGUUUCCAUCUAACGCUGCUUGACUGUUUUCAUGCAAUAAAUAAGGCUUUGCGGUAUGGCUUCCUUGAUUUCAAUACAUUUGAUGUAGAUGAAUAUGAACACUAUGAGAGGGCAGAAAAUGGAGACUUUAACUGGAUAAUACCAAAAAAAUUCAUUGCCUUCAGUGGACCUCACUCAAGAAGUAGAACUGAAAAUGGUUAUCCACAUCAUGCCCCUGAAGCCUAUUUUCCCUACUUCAGAAGACAUAAUGUUACCACUAUAAUCCGCCUAAACAAGAGAGUGUAUGAUGCAAAACGAUUUCGAGAUGCAGGCUUUGAACAUUAUGAUCUCUUCUUCGCUGAUGGAAGUAUACCUAAUGAUACCAUCGUCCAAACAUUCCUAAAUAUUUGUGAAAAUGCUGAAGGUGCCAUAGCAGUUCAUUGCAAAGCUGGACUUGGCAGAACUGGCACACUUAUAGCCUGUUACAUUAUGAAGCAUUACCGGAUGACUGCUGCUGAAGCUAUUGCCUGGAUUAGAAUUUGCAGACCUGGCUCUGUGAUUGGAACACAGCAGCACUUCCUCUUAGAGAAACAAUCAGAACUUUGGUUGGAAGGUGAUAUAUUCCGUUCAAAGCGAAGGAAGACCCCAAAAUAUGCUGUUACAAAAAUUCUUUCAGGAGUAGAUGACAUUUCAAUUAAUGAUUCCAAAAAUCAGUUUGGCAACAGUAAAGAUUCUGAACCGUACAGUGAUGAAGAAGAAACAAACACAGUUACACAAGGAGAUAAGCUUCGUGCCCUGAAAAGUAAAAGGCAGGCAAAAGCAAACUCGAUUCCACUUACAGUAAUUCUUCAGUCCAGUGUUCAGAAAAGUAAACAGUCUGAAAUUAGCAUUUCUGACAAUGCAGGCCUUGCUAAAAGAACCACCAGGUCUACUGCAAGAAAAGGCAGUUUUAAAAGUCUGAUGCCUCAGAAAGAAAGAAGGAAAAGGGAUGCUUUACAACAAAUGCGCUUAUGCAGCGCUCCUAUGCCAAGAACCAGAACUGUGUUGCGUUAAGCAAUCAGAGUGGAGGAAAAUGCAAAGGAAGCACAAGACAUAGCUGUCAAUUAAAAAAAAUGGAAGAGAAACUUUUAAGACAAAAGCAUUGGUCUGUUUUUACAUUUAGGCGGAAGUUUUAGCUUUGUGAAGAGAACUCUUAUGUGAGGACCCUACAUCACUGUUAACUGUAAGGUUGUGAUUUUUAAUGAUAGGAAGUAUUCCCAAAUAUAAAAACAGCUGUAAAUUUUAGCCUUGGGUUUAAGUAACUCUCAUUGCCAAGAGAGCUUUUCUGUGCAUUGCUUUUGUACAAAAUGUGAUGGCAAUCGUCUAGCUUCUGACGACCACAAAGAAGAGAUUGUGGUAUUUUAGCUAUUUGAUACUUGUUCCAAUGUGAUCUCUCUCCCUAGAUGGAGAGGAACUGGGAAAGAUAACAUUUUUUGCUGAUAAACAAAUUAUUGCUUAAGUCUGACUGUCCUAAUUUUAUUAGGAUUUUUAUCAAGCUGUCAUUGGCUUCUAAACUACUGUCCACCAAAGAGUGCUUUAUCUUCAGUUUUACUUUCUGGGUUUUGCAAGCUUUUUGGUUAUCUACAAUAACUAUAGUGAGAAUAGCACUGCCAGAUAGUUUUACUACUUUUAAUUUUCCACAAUUUACAGGUAAGGAUUGUAUGUGGUGUAUUUUAAAGCCACAUUUGAAAUAUGCUCUCCUUAAGUACUAGUGUGUGAGUAGACAAAUUAUUGUAAAACUACUGAAAAUAAGACUGGGCAAAAUGCAGGAAGCAAACAGGCCUUUAUAUCUUUGCACGUAUGUACACAUACUUCCCUAUCUUGUGUCUGUAAAAGGAAUGCUAAGAUCCUCGGUGGCGCAGAGUGGUAAGUGGCGGUAACGCAGCCGAAGCUCUGCUCACGGCCGGAGUUCGAUUCCAACGGAAGGAGGAAGUCGAAUCUCUGGUAAAAGGAGUCGAGGUCCACUCAGCCUUCCAUCCAUCCGUGGUCGGUAAAAUGAGUACCCGGCAUAUGCUGGGGGCUAAAGGCCGGGGACGGAACUGACGAUCCCAUCCCAUAUAUACGGUCUGCCUAGUAAACGUCGCAAGACGUCACCCUAAGAGUCGGAAACGACUCGCACUACAAGUGUGGGGACUUGUUUUUUUUACACAUACUUCCCUAUCUCGUGUCUGUAAAAGGAACGCUAGGGAAGUCUUGCACCUCUUCCUAAGCUUUCAAGGCUGGAACAGCCCCUAUGCUGCCUAUUCCCUUCCCUCAUCUCUUCCAGCAUUAUAUAGCGGCAGCAGCUCUCUCGGGAUUCAGACAGAAGUCUGCACCAGUCUUACCUAGAGAAGCUAGAGAUUGAACAUGGGACCUUCUGUAUAGAAACACAUGCACUCUACCACUGAGCUUUGGCUCCACUGAGCUAUGACUACUGGAGUUGCAAUGUUCCCUUGUCUGACACAUUAAUGCUUUAAUAAUUCAUUGCCUUUCUAAUGCAGUGAGAGGCUGCAGCAGUAGCUCAAGAGUGGAAUGUACCAGGAAUACUGUAAACUGUCACCAUUUCCAUCCCUGGAUUUAAAGAGGCAGAAGAAAAACUUGGUAACUGGUGCAGCUACAUUUGCUGCUCCAUUCCCCACUAAAGGGUCAGAAGAUGCAGUGCUGUGCAGCUGCAAUAAUGCUGUGCCUGGCAGCUGAUGCUUUCAGCCUAAUGAAAAAUUGCUGUAGCCAGGUGACACAAACACCUGUAUUUGAGAGCAAUUACUACCCUUUCUCAACUAGAUAGGUGGCUUUGUGCCUCAGAAUUCAGCUUUUUGGUUAUCUACCCUAACUAUUGUGAGAAUAGCAAAAACAACCCAAACUUAAAUGGAGAGAUUGCUAGCCACUGGACACAUUUACCAAGUUUCUAACCAUCAAUGUUUGGAUAAAAUAGUUGGUCUAGCAUGGCAGUAGCAGUUAAGAGGUGAAUAGUUUCAUAAAUAUCACAUACAAUAGGGCCCCACUCAUAUGGCAGGUUAGGUUCCAGACCCCCGCCGGAAAGUGAAAACCGCCAUAAAGCAUAUGAGCUGUAGCACGGGGGUCUGGAACCUAACCCACUGAUCGCACCAGAGGAGGAGAAGAUCAGAUCUUCCCCUUCUCAAGCGGGAGUCUGAUCGCGCCAGAAGAGAAGAUCGGCUGUAGCAAGCUACAGCUGAUCUUCCCCUCCUCAGGCACGAGUCUGACUGCCCCCGAGGAGGAUAAGAUCAGCUGUAGCGAGCUCCAGCUGAUCUUCUCCUCCGGCACGAUCAGCUGGAGUGCAGGGAGCUCCAGCCCCCCCCCAGCUGAUCACCCCGCUGGCGCCAUAUUAACAGAACGCCAAAAAGCAGAGCCCUACUGUACUCUCGUUCUACUAUUAGGACAGUUCCACUUUUGAAUGGUAGGGAGAGAGGAUGCUCCAGUAACAUUGGAGUGCUCUUUAAUGUAAAAAAAUCUACAUAACUAUUUGCAUGCACACUAGAUUAUACGCUUUACUCUUUCCUGCAAGCAGGAAUCGGUGGCACAUUCGGUUCAGAAUUUGCAGAUUCCAUGCAUUGAAUGUGAUAUUAUACAUCAUGCUAGAUACAGCUACUUUUGGCUUCACAGUCUCUGUACACAGUAACAACACUAGCAUUCCCACAUGAACUAGGCCUACAGUUCUCUGCAAAACUGAUUUGUGAAUAAGGAUUUUGCAAUGGCCCUGUGGCCCUCCAGAUCUUUGGGCAGCUCUCAUAAUCUCUAAUUAUUGGCCCUGGUCACUGGAGCUGAUCUAUCUACCUUCUGUCCAGCUGGUCUGCAGCAAAUGACUAAAAAGCCUAGUCCCCUUCUGUUGUUUUCAUAUUGUGUAUUUCUUUUUCAGCAUAGCUGGAGAAAUAGAUAGGUAAAAUUUGGAUCUGAUCAAAAUUGCCUUGUUAGUAGACUAGUUUCUUCUUUCACUAGCUAUUCAGGUCGAUAGAACUAACAAUCCAUGAAACUACAUAGUAGUAGGAUAUGAUCUCAGCUAAUCAUCUCCUAUUGAAAGGCAUUUAGUAGGGUUCUAUUUUGGAAUUCAAGUAUAAUUCACAUUUUACUGUGAAUGUGUGUAUUGAUGAUUCAGGAGCAGCAUCCAUAGGAAAGAAAGGGCAGAGCUGUUAAAAAUCUAAAUUGCAUUCCAAUAAAAGAAUCAGCUUUAUUUUUUUUUUUAAAAAGUCAAAUCUAGUUCCAUCUACACCACCAUCUGCUCACAUCCUAAACUUCAGCUCCCCAUCUGUGUAUAUAUACAACUUGGAUCCAGCUACAAUUCUUGUGCCAAAUGGACUAAAACAUAGCACAUUCUCUGAGGUGUUUUUUUUUUUUUUUGGCUGAUAGUAAGUUGAUCACCAAUUUCUGUAUCAUGAAAGACAUAGGGCUACUAUAUU